AUGGGUGUGCGUCAAUUGCAUAGGGCAGGUAUCUCCUUAUGGAGUUAUCAGGCGCCGGCCAGGCUCUGGUCGAGCUCUGCGCUCCGACUCUCCGGGCAUAACAGAUGGUCCAAGAUUAAACACGACAAGGGAAAAGCCGAUGCUGCGAAAAGCAAAGCGAAAACGAUGUUGUCUCAUGAGGUGAUCACUGCCUCUAGACUUGGCGGCCCGGAUCCCGCCUUCAACUCGAGACUGGCUUCCGCAAUCGCCAAUGCGAAAAAGGGUCAGCUUUCCAAGGCCUCGAUCGAACACGCCAUCGCAAGGGGCCAGGGGAAGUCUCCAAGCGGGCUGGCUCUCGAAACCGUCAUGAUCGAAUGCAUGCUGCCGCAUGGAGUCGCAGCCAUGAUUGAAUGCCAGACGGAUAAUAGGAAGAGGACAAUCUCAGACCUCCGUAAUAUAAUCAACAAAGCAGGUGGUACGACUACUCCUACGGCAUUCUUGUUUGAAAAGAAAGGCAGGAUCUUGUUCGAAGAGCAGGGCAAACUCGGGGUGGAUGAUAUCUUGGAGGAAGCCAUUGAUGCUGGUGCUCUUGACAUUUCCUUCGAGGACAACAGACUGUCUGUGGAGACCGCGCCUGCCGAUGUAAUGGAUGUUGCACGGAGACUUCAAGAUCAGUUUGGUCUACGAGCAGAAAAGGCGGAAGUCGUAUACGUUCCCAACGAAGACUCCCUGGUGAAAUUAACACCGGAACAAGAAGAGGAGCUGGAUCGCAUCUUGGACUCGAUAGAAGAGGAUACGAGUGUCCAAGAGCUGUACAUCAAUGCAGUGUCAUAA